GCGCGCAUCGCCGCGUACGCCGCAGUCGUCGGCGGCGGCCUCGCCGUCGGCGGCGGCGUCGGCAACGCCGUCGGCGGCGCCGCCGUCCGCGCGACGCUCGCGGCGACGACCGGCGCGGCCGCCGCCGCCGCCGUCGCGCAGGCGGACAAGAAGCGCGUCUCCGCGGCGCCGAAAGCGCUGUGGAACGGCAUGAUGAACCGCGACCCGGCGACCAUCACGAAGGCGGAUGUCGACGCCAUCGGCGCGCGAUUCGGCAUGAAUGAUAUGGCCAAGCAGUGCCCGGAGGCGGUCACGGAGCUGUACGACGCGUACCUCAUGUCGAUCAUCCCGAUGGGGGACGAGCCCGUGCAGGGGUGGGAGCCGGAGGCGCUGACGAACUUUCGAAGGCGACUGGGUCUCGAGGAUCACGACGCGGCCAACGCGCACAUCGAAGUCGGACGUCGGCUGUUCCGCAAACGCAUCGAGCUCGGGGAUAAGGACGCGGACCUCGAAUCGCGACGGGAGUUUCAGAAGCUCGUGUUCAUCUCCACGAGGACGUUUGGCGAGAAGCAGGCGAAGUUUUUGCUCCCGUGGAACCGCAUCUUCCGCGUGUCGGACGCGCAAGUCACGCUCGCGUUGAAGGAGUCCGCGAGCAAGCUCCUCAAGACGCGCCUCGAGGGGUCCAACGCGAUCGCGACGCUCGACGCCGCCGCUCUCGCGGACGCCAAGGCGUACCAGGGCGAGAUCAACCUCUCGGACGAAGACACCGCGGAGGUUGUCGGCCCGAUGUGCCAGCGGCACGUGGUGGACCUCAUCGAGAAGGCGUCCGAGCUGGCGUCGGCGCGGACGGUGAACUCGGACUACUCCGCCGCGAACGCGCUUCUUCGCGAAGUGCUCGCGUACAACGUGUCGCUCGCAGCGUCCGCGGGACAGAUCUCCGGGCUCGCGCCGGCGGUCCUCGCGGGGACGCCGUGGGAGGACAAGAGCUCCGAGCUGAACGUGUUGUUCAAAAACUUCCUCACGCAGGGCACCGAGGCGGGCGAAUUAUCCGCCGAGCUCAAGGACGAAGCCGGGAAGCUCAAGGCGCUGUUCGGGAUGGGGAACAAGGAAGCCGAGGACAUCGUGAUCGAGGUCACGACGAAGGUGUACCGCGAGCAGCUCCGCGACGCGGUCAAAUCCGGCUCGCUCGACACCGCGGAGUCCCCCGCCUCGGUGCUUCAGCAAAUUUGCGAGAAGCUUCAGUUCCCGCCCGAGAUCGCCGCCGGCGUGAACAAGGAGAACUACCGCACGAAGCUCGAGUCUGUCAUGGAGAAGAAGUCUCUCACGGAAGACGACGUCACCGCGCUCGCGCGCGUCAGAAAGCUUCUCUGCGUCCCCAAGGAUGUCGUCGACGAGUGCACGAAGGAAAUCUGCGGCGCGGUGUACAAGUCCGCGGUUCAAGGCGCGUUGUCCGUCGGCACCGAGGCGUUCACCCCCCAGCUGCGCGACCGCUGCAAGGCGGCGAAGCAAGCGGUGCGCCUCACCGACGCGAUGGCGCUCGAGAUUUUGACCGUGGAGGCUAAGAAGGCGUUCAUGAACUUCAUCAAGGAGGCGCGCGUGAAGAAGAACAAGAUUGAGCAGAGCAAAGAGAUCAGGAAGAUGGUGUACUUCAACGCCACCGUCGUGACGCCGAUGGUGAAGGACGCGAAAGCCGCCGCGGAAGCCGCGGGCGAGGAGUGGGUGGAGCCGGAGGAGGAGGAGGAGGAGGAGGAGAAGAAGGAGGAGGAGGAAGUCGUCGUCCAGGACACGGCGCCGACGUACCAGAAGGAGGUCAACCUCAAAUCGGAGAUGGACCCGGUCAGCGCGCAGGGCUUGUACCAGGACUACCUCAUGUUUUGCAUGCAGGGCGACACCGUGACCGCGCCCAUGGGCGUGCAGAUCACCCUCGAGCGCGAUCAGUCCGAGUUCACGCGUCUCGCGCAGCUCGGGGACAUCCUCGGCAUGAACCAGAUGGAGGUUGGGAUGGUCCACAAGGGACUCGCGGACAAGGCGUUCCGCGCGCAAGCGGAGCAGAUGCUCGGAGACGGCCGCGGCCUCACCGCGGAUCGCGCGGAAAAGCUCAAGGAGAUUCAGACGUCGCUCUCCCUGCCAGACGCGGAGGCGCAGAAGAUCAUCAAGGGCAUCACGUCGAAGAAGCUUCUGGGCGAGAUGCAAGCGCAGAUCGCCAUGGGGACGCUCACGAUCGCGGACGUCCGCAAGCUGAAGGAGUCUGGCGUCGAGAUCGACAACGCGCUCCCGCCGGAUAAGAGGCUCCAGCUGUUCCGUAAAAACGCGGAGCAGAGGCUGACGGACGGCAGCGGCGUCGCGGACAUCGACGCCCUCACGAAGACGCUCCCCGAGGACCUCUCCAUCGACCCGGAGGUUGCGAAGAAGGAGCUGACGAAGCUCGCGAACGAGAAGAAGCGCAGCACGAUGAUCGGCGCCGUCGCGGAGCUUCGCGGGAAGAAGAUCGACGCCGUCGUCAAGGCGUGCAAGAACCUGCUCGCGUGCCACGGCGUCGCCCCCGAGAGCAAGCUCGAGUGGGCGGUGAAGGAGGAGCUUCAGGACAUCUACAGCGUGUUCCUCGUCGACGGCGCGGACGACGAGCAGGCGUCGCUCUUGCAGAGCGCGCUCGGGUUGGACGACGCGACGUGCUCGGGGUUGAAGGAGAUUGUCGCCGCGGACAAGUUCCAGCUCAAGGCGGACGUCGAAAACGAGGCGUUGUUCUAAUUGGUGGAACACGUCGAGACGGGGCGGGGGCCCAAAGCGUAGGGCUACGUACAUUUUUGAAACAGACGCCAGCGACGACAGGAGUGCUUAUGAAACGCAAAGAACUUUUGACGCCUAAGUAUGGGCUACGCAUCUC